AUGGAAAGGUUCAACAAAGCGUGCUUAGAAAUUCAAGAUCUGCCCAUGGAGGCAGUAAUUAUGGGCCUAGUAAAUGGACUCCGAGAAGGCUCCUUCUCCCAGUCCAUCUUGAAAAGGCACCCGACCUCCCUGAGUGAUGUACAGGAGAAAGCUGAGAAGUACAUCAACAUAGAGAAAAAUGUCAGACUUCGAGAGACAAGCUGGCAACCUGGGCACUCUCACUCAUCAAAAGAGAGAGAAAAAGAGCCCAAGAAUAAAGAGGAAGUCGGCCCAGAAAGGCCUAGGAGAUAUCACUCCUAUACUCCUCUACGAGUUUUCUUAGUUGAUGUAUACAGAAAAAUUUUUCAUACAGAAAGACUACCUCCCCCUAGGCCCAUCAAAAAUAAAAAGAGGGGGGGAAGCCGUGGCGACUACUGUGAGUACCAUAAACUAUAUGGUCACUCAACAAAUGAUUGUUACAACCUAAAAAAUGUGGUAGAAAAGCUGGCCAGAGAAGGUCGACUUGAUAAAUAUCUCAUAAAAAGGUCGGAUCAUCAUGGCAAAACAAAGCGAGAUGACGAGGGCCGAAGAUACCCACCACCACAAACCCCGAAAAGACAUAUACACAUGAUCUCAGGAGGAUUCGGUGGAGGUGGUCUCACCAAGUCAUCUCGCAAGAGACACUUGAAUGAAGUCUACCAGGUCGGGAGCGAAGCUCCUGACCUACCCAUUAUUUCUUUCACUAAAGAAGAUGGGCAAGGUAUCAUUCUUGGACAUGAUGAUCCAGUCGUGAUAACCAUGAUCAUGGCCAAUGCACAUCUUCACAGAACUCUGGUAGAUUAG